AUGCCUCUCUACAUCCGCCCCGCCGUCGAGAGCGACAUGGCAGCAGUUGGCCGCAUCGCGACUGACGCCUUCAAGGACACGCUCUCGACCGUUUUGUUCCCCGCCCACCUCCGCCCCGCCGACCAGCCAGACUUGGACGAGCAGCCGGCAUGGCGGGCGGCGAGGACCUGGCGGCGCAUGGGCGAGGGCAUGCCAACCAUGGUCGCUGUCGACACAAUCGACGGCCACGAGACAGUCGUCGCCUUCGCCCAGUGGGACAAGCCACAUGUCGCCGGCACGGCACCCCCGACCAUGGAAUCUAAAAGAGACGGAGACCCAAUCACGCUCGAUAAAACAGCCCUAGCCGCCAUCUAUGUGAUCAUGGAGGCCGAGACGGAGCGGUUGAUUGGGCCAACCGCACAUUACGACUUGUGGUACCUCUUGAUCUUGACCGUGGAUCCUCGCCACCACCGCCGAGGCAUUGGCAAGAUGCUCGUGCGGUGGGGGCUGGAGCAAGCAGCUGCCGAGAAAAAAGGCGUGUUUCUUUCCGCCAGCCCGGCCGGCAAACCCAUGUACCAGUCUCUCGGGUUCCGCGACCUAGGGGCAUUUGAGAUGCUUGGACUCCCACACUACACCAUGCUAUGGGAGCCAGAGAACGAGAAAUAG